CUUUUUUAUUUUUCCUUUCUCUUUCUGACAAAAAGGACACUGCUGCCUGUAUUGCCCUUGACCUUCAACUACAACAGCUCUAAAACAACCCCAAACAACCGCACACGCACACUCUCACACGCAGAGCACAUAUAGCAGAAGACGCAACAGCAGCAGCAGCAACGGCAGCAGACGCGUGUGUGUGUGUGUACCUUUCUUUUGCUCUCUUUUCUUUCGCUUGCUAUUAUAGCGACAAAACGCCAUACGACAUACGGCGACUGACCGAGCCACUUUGCAUAUACCAUUCACCCAUUCCCCUUUUGCCCUUUCCAAUACUACCUCAACAAUACCUCAAAAAAACCGUAAUCUCGAAAUUAUGCAAGCUCAGCAGCAACAGCCAACACCACGUAGUGGACUACGUCAAUUGCAAACAACCAAUGACAACACACCCAUUGGAAUUCCAGAAUUUGUCAAGAAACUGUUUCGAAUGCUAGAACAAGACGCGCACAUUGAUAUCUUGACAUGGGGCGUGAAUGGAAAAACGUUUGUAGUCAGAGAGCCAAACGAGUUUGCGCGUCUUAUUCUGCCAAAGCAUUUCAAGCAUUGUAACUUUGCCAGCUUUGUACGUCAGCUCAACAAGUAUGAUUUUCACAAGGUCCGUAAUCCAGAGGAUGGUCAACGACCCUAUGGUGAUCAGGCAUGGGAGUUUCAACAUCCGCAAUUCCAAUACAAUCGCAAAGAUCUGUUGGACGGGAUAAAGCGCAAGACAACGGCCAAAGCGGCAGUGGCACGGACCUCCAAUAAUACUACGGCAGCCGACGACCCACACAAUGGAGCAUCUCAGACUAGUUCUUCUUCUGCCACGAAAUCAACGACAGCGACGACGUCAACAGAUGCUUCCAAGUCGUCUCCAGCAGCAAUGGCAGCAAGUGAAGACGAAUUGAAAUCCGUCGUAUUUCAGCUGCAAUCGCAAAUCGAACAGCUGCAGGAAAAGCAAGCGAGUAUGGCUGGCCAUUUGCAGGGCCUCGGACUCAACUACAAUGGUGUCAUGGAGACAGUGACUGAGUUGCGGAAAUCCAUGAGCUCCCAAGACCAGUUGAUGGGUCAAAUAGCUGCUCAUGUCAUGUCGGCAACAACAGCAUCGCACUCAGUAAAGCAAGAGCAAGGCUCUGGUGGUAGUAGUAGUAGUAGUCUUGACAUGCAGCAAAUGUUUGAGUCGUAUGGCCAAGUUGCACAACAAUCAAGUCAACAGAUGGAACAAAUCAGCAAACAUAUUGAGUCGUUGCACCAUAUCUUACAUUUAGAAACUCAACCGCCGCCCCCAUUAUUGUUGUCGUCAUAUGAUGUUGUCGUACCACAGCCACAACCACAACAAAAGAGCAACAACGAUCCGUUAGAAAUCUCCCCUUCAUCCUCCCCGCCGCCCACAACAGCCUCGAGUCGCAGCACGCCAACUUCUGCCAACACCCAUACCAACAGCACUCCGCAGCCACAGCCACAGCCGUACAUCGUUGAUGAAAUAAACACAUCUGGCGCAUUAGCAGCCGGUGGCAUGGUCACUGUGCUUAACAACAGCAUCGUUGGUAUUGGUGCAAGUAGCGAGGGCGGUAAUGUUGGUGGGAUGAUGACAACAACAGCAGCAGCAGCAGCAGCAGCAACACAGCAGUUGCCAACAACAGCGACGACAAGACCGGCGAAACGGCCCCGCGCUUCGUCGUUGGUGGUACCCGGAUGGUCUGUGCCACCCAAAGUUUUAUUGGUUGACGACGACUCUAUCUUUAGGCGGAUAUCAACCCGCUUGCUGCAAAUGGCUGGAUGUACGAUCGAUGUAGCUGUGGACGGUGCUGAGGCCGUUACCAAGCUGAUCAAUUCGUCAGCCUCUCAGAACCGCUAUGACAUUGUGCUCAUGGAUAUCAUGAUGCCCAAUUUGGAUGGCAUUUCGGCCACACGGAAUAUCCGACAGUAUGAUACCUGGACACCGAUCAUCUCCAUGACAGCCAAUACGACAGAACGCGAUGUGCGCGAGUAUAUCAUGAGCGGAAUGACGGACAUCUUGCCGAAGCCGCUUGACCACGGCCAUCUGUGCAAACUCUUGGAGCGUUACUGUGCGCAUCUGAAGUUGAUGCAGCGGCGUAACAAUUUCAGCAAUACUAUCAGCAGCAGCAGCAGCAGCAGCAGCAGCAGCAGCAGCAGUAGUAAUGAAGCAGCAGCACUUGUAGUGUCAACAACACAACAGCAUCAGUUAGCAAUGAUACCGCCACCACCUCCACAAGAUUUCGGUGUGAACUAUCCUGCUAUCCAACAUUAUUAUCAUCCAACAACAACAUCAUCAUCUGCGACCCCAACCACAUCAUCAUCACCAGCAACAUUGUCAUUACUAUCAGCAUCCUCUGCAUCACUAGCAUACCAUCAUCAACUCCACUCGCAACAACAGCAACAACAGGAAGAACUGACCAAGAAGAAGCCAAGAGUGGAGCGAUGAUAGUGGGUGCUUGGUAGUAUUAGCAACUGUAUGGUCCCCAUGUAGUAGUAGUAGUAGUAGUAGUAGUAGUGUAAUGGAAGCAAAGACUGUGGAAAUCACGUUUCCUUGUGCCACCAUCAGCG